ACAUUCUUAAAUCUAUAAAUAAUCAAAGAGCAACAUGCAUUCUCAAAACCAGAGAGAGAGAAACAAGAAAGAAAAUGGAUGUUUUAUUAUCCUUAAACUCAAGCUCAAGCCUAAUCAACAUUUCAAAACCAUACAAACAUCAUCAUAAUCAUCAAAGACAACCUCGCACAGUACACUUUUCUGUUUCAUGCAGUGCCACAAAAAGUGUUUCUAUUAAUCAUAAGCUAGAUGAAGAGGAUGGAAACUUGUACAAGAUACUAUGUUUGAGUUCUAAAACAGCAACAAUGGAUGACAUAAAAAGAGCAUAUAGAACAAUGGCUCUUCAGUAUCAUCCCGAUGUUUGUCGUAAUGGUUUGAAGAAAGAGGAAUCAACGAGAAUGUUUGUAAAACUGAAUGAAGCUUAUAAGAUAUUGUCAAAUCCAAAGCUUAAAGAAGAGUAUGAUUCAAAGUUAUUGGGUUUGAGUGAUUUGAGAAGAAGUAAAUGGAUGGAACAAGUUGUUGAAUUGAAUAGAAGAUCUCAUACACGUAAGGCUGGUAGUGCAUCAUCAUGGGGUAGUAGAAUGAGAGCCAAGAAUAAUAUCAACAAAGUUCAUCAGAAUAGCCAGUUUUUCAGUUAGCUUUCUCUUCAUGUGAUUAUUUUCUUGUAUCUUUCUCAUGAAUAGGGUUAUUUAAAAACUCAUAAUUUAACAUUGUAUAAAAAUAAAUCACUUAUAUCUAUUAUCUGAAAAUGUAAAAAUCCAACACAAAUUUAGUCUUAUUUAUAUGAUGCAUCAUAAUUUAUAUGUUAUGUUUUUAAUGUAUAUCAUAAUAAUUAUUGAUGUUAA